CUUGGUCAUUUAGAGUUUGACAGAAGUUACUUCUGUGAAAAUCAUAACAAAGACCAAAACACAAACAUCCUCAAAAACGUGGUUUAUUUAAAACAAAUCAGAGACUGUGGAAAAUGGCCAAAAAACGUAAGGUAGACUCAUCUGCGAAGGAGUCAACUACAGCCAAUUCUGAAUCUGCAGAAUUGGAUAUGCAGCAGUCAAUCGAUUGUGACAUGGAACCCGAUUCCGAAGCGCCAACUAAGAAAAAAGCGAAAAAGAAAAGUAAACAACCUAAUGCUGCAUUUGUUGAGGAAGACGUUGAAGAAACUCCGUUUAACGGUGACCAAUGCAGCAAUUCCGAAGCGCCAGCUAAGAAAAACGCGAAAAAGCAAAGCAAACAACCUAAUGCUGCAUUUGUUGAGGAAAAUGUUGAAGAAGCUACGCACAACAGUGACCAAUGCGGCAAUGCCGAAGCGCCAGCUAAGAAAAAAGUGAAAAAGAAAAGCAAGCAAUCUAGCACAGCAUUGGUGGAGGAAACCGUUGAAGAAACUCCGUUUAACAUUGACCAGUGCAGGAAUCCGCUGGAGCAAGAUGAGCAUUGGGAGCUGAGGCGUGCAUUUUUGGAGAAAAACCAAGAACUUUUGUCACAGGACGAGCUCAUUUGUCUCGCUCAGGUGUACAUUAACGUGCAACUGUUGGGUUGCCGCUAUCCCCCGGAAACUAUGACGCUGGUAGAAAAACUAUCCGACGGUAUUGGACGCGAUUAUCAUCGCAGCCGCGCGUUUAUGCUGAAACGAACGUUUGUUUCGGCCUCGGAUGCGGCUGCCUCCAAGGUGCGAAGGGAAGGCCCAGUGACUGCUGCAAACGUUGAUCGAACUGCCGGAUCGGGGGGGCAGAUGGCCGAUGAUUCUCAGAGCACUAUCCCUUCGUUUCUGUUGAACUGUCUGCGCAACGAUUUGAUUAUUUUGAAUAACGAUUUUCGGCUAACAAUUGAUAUGUUUAACUCAUUAAACAAUGGCGUAAAGAUUGUAGCAAGCUCCCACCCGAAUGGCGAGAAUAUGCACGAAGCUGUAGUGAAAGCUUCAGGAACUACAUUAGCAACAGUUAUUGCCAAUGAUAGCAAGCGUGCGCUUAAAAUGGCUAAGGAAAAUGUGAUGAAAAUCCUGUCGCAGCAUUGCUAUUCGCUAAAGCGCAAAAAACAAGCCACUCAACUGGACGGAAUAGAGGUCAUACCGAAAACAGACACUGAAGAGCAAGGCAAUGCUGAAGCAGACAAGCUCGGCACGAGCAACAUGGGAUUUAAACUGUUGGCCAAACUGGGUUGGAGCGGAGGAUGCCUUGGCGUUCGCGGCGAUGGCAUAGUGAAUCCCGUUACCGUGGACCAAAACGUCGGUCGUAAAGGGCUUGGAAAUGCGGUCCCUGAAGUAAAACUGAAUCAUGCUGUGAUUAAGCAAAAGCUGAUGGAUUUACGUGAUGGAAAGAUCGAAGAUCAUCACAUUGUUUUCAGCAAUGAAUACUCCAAGGAGGAUCGAAAACACAUCCAUAUGCUUGCCAUUAGCAUGCACUUGAAAUCACAAAGUCAUGGGAAGGAUUCCAACGGCACCAGGCAAAUUGUGGUGUCCAGAAAAGCAUUGCGGCCUCGUGAAUUGCUUCGUAAAAUUAUGCUUGAAAAGGACCCCACCUUCUGCGAAAUGUACGAAGUUAUACCUCCGGCUGAGCAGGAGUGACAUGGUUGAUUGGGUGCUUUGGUUAUAGAUAGUUUGAGCCAUUCGACCUUAUUGGUCGCUAAGGAAUAAUAUAAAAGUGUCUUGGUUAGUACAUAAAUGAAGUUUGCACUUUAUUAACGGCUGGGA